AUGGCCUGGUUGUCCGCCGUUACUUGGACAAGAUGGUUUCAAGAGCUAGAAGGUGAGGACCAUGUUGUCGGGCUCGUCAACACGAGUGUUCCCGAGGGUGUCCCCGAGUGGGCUGCCAUGAGCUCCGAGGAGGUGUUGCUGGGUGUCAAAAGUUCCUUCGUGCUGGAGGUGGGGCACGGAACUGUCCGCAUCUUUGGACAGGACGCUGCUGUGAAUCUAGACAACCGGCGCUGCACAUCCUGGUACUUCGAUGUUGACCAUGAUGGAGAACUCAAGGUGGGCUGCUGCCGUGGGACUUUCACUCCUGAGUUGUCGGUGGAUCUGCUAAUGGAGCAGUAUGAUGUGGAUGGCGACGGGCUGGCAGAUGCAAAGCGACUGAUCCGAUCCGGGAUAGCCAGGUGGCACCACGCUGCACAGGCGCGCGGGCUGCCCGGUUCCCAUCCCAUGCUGCCAGAGACGGUUGGUCUCGAGGCAGGCUCCAAAGCCCUCGAGGUUGCUCCAUCCCGGCUGGGCGCAGAAGCGGGCCUAGGCCUCUUCGUGCAGCAGGCAUGCCUCGGAAUUGAGGCCGCGGCACCGGGUGAAGUCCUCUGCGAAUACCGCGGGAGGACCUUCACCACAGCCGAGGCCAUGCGCCUGGAAGACAAAUCCUACCUCAUGCGGGUGGGGCCGCAGGAGUACAUUGAUGCGCGUGAAGACACAUCCCUGCUUGCGCGGUACAUCAACGACUGUCGCAAUCCCGCUGUCUACAAUGUAUCCUUCGAAAAGCGACCUGGAGAGGGGCGAGCUUUGGUGGUGGCCUGCCGGCCGAUCGCCGCUGGAGAGGAGCUCUUCGUCGACUACGGUCGCUGGUAUUGGGCAAAGCUGAGGCCGGUAAGGAUCGGUGUAAAGCAAGCUGCGGAGAUCCUGAAAGACGCGGAGUGCGAAGCCGAGCGCCAGCUGCGUGGAACUCAUGCCAAGAGCUGA